AUGAAGUUUUCACACCACAUUUUAUAUUCAAUUUUUAUCUUUGUUUUAUUUGUUUCAUAUAAUCCAACACAAUGCCAUCACGUGUACAAGCAUUCUCCAGAACAACUUAUAAACAGCCAUUUAUUUUACCUUGAACCAGCACGGACUGCUUUUUCUCGUCAUGUUAAACCCAUAAAUUAUCCUGAUAAAUGUAAAUUAAUACAGUUACAUUUGAGCACUAGACACGGAGCGAGACAUCCAACCCCAGAUGAUAUUAAUGCUUAUGAAAAAUUGGAAAAAAUAUUUGCUAAUGUUCCUAUUGCAAAAGAAUGGUAUAAAAAUGUUUUCCCGAUGAGUAAAAAUUUUCAAUUGAACAGACAAGGAGAAAUCGAACCAUUCUUUGAUGGUAAGCAGUCUCUUAAAAGAUACCCAGAAUUUUGGAGAGGAGUUAAAUACGAUCCCGAAGUUGUAAAAUUUCAAAGUACCGGUACUUCAAGAGCUGGUGCAUCGGCAAUGGCCUUUUCCGAAGGAUUAUUUAAUGGAAAAGGCUCUUUAGACACUUGUAAAAGUCAACCUGUAUACAUUUCGUCAGUACCAGAGGUGCAAGAUGAGGUUUUAGCACCAUUCAAGUCCUGCCGACGGUGGAAUGAGACCGUUUCUAAGAACAAUCCAUUACUCAACGAACAACUUUAUACAUAUGGCAACAAGACUCUAGCACCAAUUGCAAACCGUAUUUCUAACGAACAUGGUCUUAGUCCACCUCUUGAUCCACAUUUAUUACCAUAUAUGUUUACUAAUUGCCAGUAUUGGAUUGUUCAUUUUAAUCGAACUGACACAUGGUGUUCAUUACUAAGCCAUAAAGAACUUCUAUUAUUACGAUAUUAUUGGGAUAUUUAUGGAUAUUAUAUAUUACAAUAUGGACAUCCUUUUAAUAGGCGGAUGGCCUGUCGCUAUAUUACUCAACUUGUAAAUGAAGGAGUAUUUAAAGAAAAAUACCCACUCACGGCAGAUUUAACCUUUGAACAAAUUAAAAAAGUCAGGUAUACAGAAUAUGCAAGUAUACCCUGGACUUCUACACUUUAUUGGGAAGUAUAUUCUUGUUCAGGUGAUCAUAAUAAUAAGGAUAAUGUAAAGAUACGAGCAGUAUUUAACUUUAAACCGUUUGUGAUUCCGGGUUGUGGAAAUGAGUAUUGUGACUGGAACAAGUUUAAAGAACUUUUUAGUGAUCAGAUUGGGUGCGAUUUUAAGAAGAUGUGCGCCUAUCCUUAA